UUUACUUUUCGCGCGGAGGUAGUUGGACUUCUUGUUUAGGGGACAUAGGCAUAGUUAGCCUUGAUCGUCUAGUGUGUCAAUGUGCUCGACAAUGUCGAUUUGUUUUCCCGGGCGAGCCAGCGAGAUUCACGUGAGGGUAUGUGUGUGUGGGCAGUCUGCAGAAACAGGUCAGCGUUAUGAGUAUGAACUUGAGUGCCAAGCUGGACGAGCUGCAGCGGGGUGACCGCCAGCUGGAGACCACCGUCGCCCUCUGCGAGAUCCGCACGCAGCUGCAGGAACUCACCAAGAGCGUAGAGUCUUGCCAGAGCGAGGUCAGCGAGGUGAAACGGGACAUGGUCGCGAUCAAGCACGAACUAGAUACAGUACAGCACGUGAAAGAGGAGAUAGAAGAAUUACGAGAAUACGUGGAUCGACUAGCGGAACAUUCUCAUCGACGGAAACUUAGGCUUUUGGAGCAGGGGCUAACACUUUUCCUGUCGUAUGCAAUACUGGCAGCAGUUUUAGGAAUGCUGCAGUUUGGAUACAACACUGGAGUUAUCAAUGCGCCGGAAGUGAAUAUUGAAAAUUUUAUGAAAGACGUGUACAAGGAUAGGUACGGGGAGGACAUUUCAGACGAUUCCGUGAAGAAAUUAUAUUCCGUGGCCGUAAGCAUAUUUGCUAUUGGUGGUAUGCUAGGUGGUUUUAGCGGAGGGAUAAUUGCCAACAGAUUUGGCAGAAAGGGGGGCUUACUGCUAAACAACGUGCUGGGCAUCGUGGGGGCGUGCCUGAUGGGUUGUACAAAGAUUGCUCACUCGUACGAAAUGUUGUUCUUUGGACGGUUCAUCAUCGGUGUCAAUUGUGGCUUAAACACCUCGCUGGUUCCCAUGUACAUAUCGGAGAUAGCACCACUGAACCUAAGAGGCGGCCUAGGCACGGUGAACCAGCUCGCUGUUACGGUGGGCCUCCUGGUCUCCCAGGUGCUGGGCAUCGAGCAAAUCCUUGGAACAAACGAGGGUUGGCCAGUUCUCUUAGGGCUAGCUAUCUGCCCUGCCGUUCUACAGUUAUUGCUGCUUCCAGUUUGCCCCGAAUCUCCAAGAUAUUUGCUCAUUACCAAACAGUGGGAGGAAGAAGCCCGUAAAGCUUUGAGGAGGUUGAGAGCUAGUAACCAAGUGGAGGAAGAUAUCGAAGAAAUGAGAGCCGAAGAGCGAGCUCAACAAGCUGAGUCUAGAAUAUCGAUGACAGAGCUCAUAUGUAGCCCGACUUUGAGAGCACCUCUCGUUAUCGGUGUGGUUAUGCAACUUUCCCAACAGCUUUCAGGCAUUAACGCUGUAUUUUACUAUUCGACAAAUUUGUUCACUAGUUCUGGUUUGACAGAGGAGAGUGCCAAGUUUGCAACCAUUGGCAUAGGUGCCAUUAUGGUUUGUAUGACGUUAGUAUCCAUCCCGCUUAUGGAUAGAACAGGAAGGCGUACACUGCACUUAUACGGUCUCGGUGGCAUGUUUAUCUUUUCAAUAUUCAUCACAAUUUCUUUUCUCAUAAAGGAAAUGAUUGACUGGAUGUCUUAUCUGUCGGUCGUGUCGACGCUCAGUUUCGUUGUGUUCUUUGCUGUCGGACCUGGUUCCAUACCGUGGAUGAUCACGGCCGAACUGUUCUCGCAAGGUCCUAGACCAGCGGCCAUGUCUAUCGCGGUUCUUGUCAAUUGGAUGGCUAAUUUUUUGGUUGGCAUCGGUUUUCCAAGUAUGAAGACUAGCCUUGAAAACUACACGUUCCUACCAUUCAGUGCAUUCCUAGCCAUCUUCUGGAUCUUCACGUACAAGAAGGUUCCUGAGACCAAGAAUAAAACAUUCGAAGAAAUUCUAGCUUUAUUCAGGCAUGGUAACGACAGGAGCAGCUUACGGGACAGCAGACUUUAUGGGAGCAUGCUAAACUGUGUGAAUGCAUUAGAGGGACACAUACCGCCAGCAGAGAGUGCAGCCCUGAUGGUGGCCGAGGAGAAGCCACAUCCUGAUUCAUUUGUGUUUGCAGCUGGAUCAGAGCGAUCUUCCGGCGCACCCGCUCAACCGGCGAGACCACCGCCCCCGCUUCCCCCGCCACGCUUUCCGAGCAGCGGUGUCUGACAAUGGGAAACAGCUCCUCUUAAUAUCGGUAAUCUAGUGAUCAUGAACGCGUCGAUCCCACUGCCGCUACUGCUCACCACCACCACCA